AUGCGACCUCGAAGACCAAAUCUCCUACCGGCAGCCUUUUUCCAAAAAGUGCACUACUCAGAAGAUCUACCAGCAUCGGCACCAGUUGAUCUCCAUGCAUUUGGCAGCAACUAUCGUGAUUUAACUCAAGAAAAUGUCGAUCCAGUUAUUGAAAAAGAAAUUGAAAAAUUCAUGACAAAAUUUCGUGCCGAAGAAGAAUCAUACGUUGAUCAAAAUUUACGUGAAAAUCCAAUAAUUUGGUUUAGUGAAAAAUCAACAACAUCAUGCAGAUCAUCAAAUUCCACUAACGAACAACAAACACCAAAUUGUACUAGAUGUAAAAUGCUCGCUAAGAUCAAAAAGGCGAAAUUCAAGCUUCGUUAUAAAUUUAUGACCACAAAAUUGGAACACCAUGCUAUUACACUACAAAGUCUUAGAAAUUUCAUUGCCAGUGCUGAAGGUAAAUUAAGGAUGCGAGGACGAACUGAACAGGAUUUGCAAGAACUACGAGAUGCAUUGGGGAUUGAUCGACAUAGAGUUGAAAACCUAACUGAAAUUAAUAGACAGUUUUUCAAAUCGGCUGAAAAGGCUGCAGAAUAA